UGUUGUCCUUCCUCCGCCUCCACCUCCACCCUGCACCUCGGUCAGGGCCGAGGUCUUAUCUUAUAUUCUGCCGCUGUCCUUAUACGCCUCGAUUGCUUCACCGAUGCGCAAUUGACCUUUGCGCAGCCUCCAUCGCUCGCUCUGCUUGAUAUCAUUGUCGCCAUGUCUGUCAAACUCACCAUCCAGCAGAAGCUGGACUUCCUCCCAGCGAUUGCCUCCAUUACCCUCGCUGCCUUCUAUGGAAUUAUAACCGGCCUUUGGCGCACCGAGCGACAGGCCAAAACCCUGUUCCUUCACAUCGGCUAUGCCGUCAUGCGCAAGGUCACCGCACGCCUUACCCCGGCGCAAAUGCAAUAUGCCACGCCCACGUCCAACAAAGUCUACGAACAAUACGCCCGCAAGGCCCGCAUUCAAGCACAGACAGUCCAGCUGGAACAUGGCGCGCUUGGCCACUGGAUCGGUGAUCGCGAUGCAACCAAUGUGAUGAUCUGGUAUCACGGCGGCGGAUUCGGUCUCCCCGCCAACAUUGGCUACUUCAAAUUCUACGCCCAGCUCGUCCAGACCCUCAAGACCUCCAACAAAUCCCUCGCCGUUUUCUCCCUCACCUACACGCUCGCCCCGACCGAAACAUACCCAACCCAACUAAAACAGGCCGUUGCCGCAGCACGCUACAUCCUCUCAACCGGCCGAUCCCCCGAUACAAUCUUCCUCGGCGGCGAUUCCGCAGGCGGAAACCUCGUCAGCGGUGUACUCUCCCACCUCGCCCACCCACACCCUCAAAUCGAACCCCUUCCCCUGCCCAACAAUGCCAAACUCGCUGGCGCAGCCAUGAUCGCACCAUGGACCCUCCUCGACACCGAAUUCCCCGACCAGGAGAUAUACCACGGUGGUGACCUAAUCACCCAAGCCGUCGCGCAACCCUGGGCUAGCGCAUACAUUGGCAAGAGUCCGCGGGACAAUUAUACCGAUCUAUCCAAUGCGCCGGUCGAGUGGUUUAAGGAUUUCCCUGUCAAUCGGGUCCUCAUCACGGGUGGCGGUAAUGAAAUUCUACUUCCGAUUAUUCUGGACUUUGCGGCGAAGUUUAAGGAAGGGUUUGAACGGGUGGAAUUGUUUGUUGGACAUCGCGAGUGCCAUGUUGCGCCAAUUUAUAACUUGUACCUUGGUGAUGCGACGGAGACUGCGCAGGGAAGAAGGUUAAGAGCUGGUUGGUUGAGUUGGCGGAGUAGACGGCGAAGCAUAGUAUAUAAUGCAGUAAAUAUUAAGGCAGAAAUACUUGGAGUAAUUUAUGUUGUACUACACCGUCGUGUUCAGCCCUACGAUCUGUGCGACUAUCAAUUUGACUGUUAA